UGAGAAAAAAAAAAUACAGGCUGGGGAGACGCUGGGGUGGAGUACAGGAAGCUGUUGUCUCCGAAUAAUAUCUGAACAUGGGUGAAAUCUAAUCACUUACAGCGUACGGAUUUUCCAUUUCUUCUGGACCAAAAGCGGCGGAGAUUUCGAAGAUUUUUUGUCGUUGAGUCGGUGAUUUUUUUAAUCGAGCAGCAAGAUGUCGCGGGGAGUCAUUCAACCCAGCCAGCAAAAGCUGGCGGAAAAGCUCACCAUCCUCAACGACAGAGGCAUCGGGAUGUUGACCCGUGUUUACAAUAUUAAAAAGGCGUGUGGAGAUCCUAAGGCCAAGCCUUCCUAUCUAGUUGAUAAGAACUUGGAAUCUGCUGUUAAAUUCAUCGUCAGGAAGUUCCCUGCUGUCGAGACGCGCAAUAAUAACCAACAGUUGGCCCAACUGCAGAAGGAGAAGUCAGAAAUUCUCAAGAACCUAGCUCUGUACUAUUUCACCUUUGUAGAUGUCAUGGAAUUUAAGGACCAUGUGUGUGAGCUGCUGAACACAAUUGAUGCUUGCCAAGUCUUCUUUGACAUCACGGUGAACUUUGACUUGACCAAGAACUACCUAGACUUGGUGGUGACCUAUACCACCCUGAUGAUGUUGCUGUCGCGCAUAGAGGAGAGGAAAGCCAUCAUAGGCCUGUACAACUAUGCUCAUGAGAUGACACAUGGAGCUAGUGACAGGGAGUACCCCAGGCUGGGCCAGAUGAUUGUGGACUAUGAGAACCCCCUGAAGAAGAUGAUGGAAGAAUUUGUUCCACAUGGAAAGUCUCUGUCAGAUGCGCUCAUCAGCCUUCAGAUGGUGUACCCCAGGAGGAACCUUUCAGCGGACCAAUGGAGGAAUGCCCAGCUGCUCUCUCUCAUCUCUGCCCCCUCCACCAUGCUUAAUCCUGCUCAGUCAGACACUAUGCCCUGUGAAUACCUGUCUCUGGACACAAUGGAGAAGUGGAUUGUCUUUGGUUUCAUUCUGUGCCAUGCAGUACUGAACAGUGAUGCGGCAGCUCUGUCCUUGUGGAAACUGGCUCUGCAGAGUUCCUCCUGUCUCUGCCUGUUUAGAGAUGAGGUCUUUCACAUCCAUAAGGCUGCAGAGGACCUGUUUGUCAACAUCAGAGGGUACAACAAACGCAUCAACGACAUCAGAGAGUGUAAGGAACAGGCUCUGUCUCAUGCUGGUUCUAUGCACAGAGAAAGACGUAAGUUCCUCAGAUCAGCUCUGAAAGAGUUGGCUACUGUCUUAGCUGACCAACCUGGACUAUUGGGACCCAAGGCGUUAUUUGUGUUUAUGGCAUUGUCGUUCGCCCGCGAUGAGAUCAUUUGGCUGCUUCGCCAUGCUGACAACAUCCAGAAGAAGAGCACAGAUGACUUCAUAGACAAGCACAUAGCAGAGUUGAUCUUCUACAUGGAGGAGCUCCGAGCUCAUGUCAGGAAGUACGGUCCUGUGAUGCAGCGCUAUUACGUUCAGUACCUGUCUGGCUUUGACGCUGUGGUACUCAAUGAACUCGUUCAGAACCUUUCUGUAUGCCCAGAGGAUGAAUCCAUCAUCAUGUCCUCCUUUGUCAACACCAUGACCUCUCUUAGUGUCAAACAAGUGGAGGAUGGAGAAGUGUUUGACUUCAGAGGCAUGAGACUGGACUGGUUCAGGCUGCAGGCUUAUACGAGUGUCUCUAAAGCUAGCCUUGGCAUUGCCGAUCACAGGGAACUGGGUAAAAUGAUGAAUACCAUCAUCUUCCACACUAAGAUGGUAGACUCCCUGGUGGAGAUGCUAGUGGAGACGUCAGAUCUGUCUAUAUUCUGCUUCUACAGCCGUGCGUUUGAGAAGAUGUUCCAGCAGUGUCUGGAGCUUCCCUCCCAGAGUAGACACUCCAUCUGCUUCCCACUGCUCUGCACACACUUCAUGUCCUGUACACACGAGCUUUGUCCUGAAGAGCGUCACCACAUAGGGGAUCGAAGCCUAUCAUUGUGCAACAUGUUUCUGGAUGAGAUGGCCAAACAAGCCAGAAACCUGAUCACUGACAUCUGUACUGAACAAUGUACACUCAGCGACCAGCUGCUUCCAAAGCAUUGUGCAAAGACCAUUAGUCAGGCAGUGAACAAGAAGAGCAAGAAAGCAACAGGGAAGAAGGGUGAGCCGGAGAGAGAGAAGCCAGGAGUGGAGAGCAUGAGGAAAAACAGGCUUCUGGUCACCAAUCUGGAUAAGCUCCACACAGCAUUGUCUGAACUCUGCUUCUCCAUCAAUUACGUUCCCAACAUGGUGGUCUGGGAGCACACAUUCACACCUCGGGAGUACCUAACGUCGCAUCUGGAGAUAAGAUUUACCAAGUCUAUAGUGGGGAUGACUAUGUACAAUCAGGCUACCCAAGAGAUAGCUAAGCCCAGUGAACUGCUGACCAGUGUUCGGGCCUACAUGACCGUCCUGCAGUCCAUAGAAAACUACGUCACCAUUGACAUCACCAGGGUCUUCAACAAUGUCCUCCUACAACAGACGCAACAUCUGGACAGCCAUGGGGAACCCACUAUCACCAGUCUGUACACUAACUGGUAUUUGGAGACGUUGCUGCGACAGGUCAGCAACGGACACAUUGCCUACUUCCCUGCCAUGAAGGCCUUUGUCAACCUGCCCACCGAAAAUGAACUGACGUUCAAUGCUGAGGAAUACUCUGACAUCUCUGAGAUGCGGUCUUUAUCGGAGCUGUUGGGGCCUUAUGGUAUGAAGUUCCUCAGUGAGAGCUUGAUGUGGCACAUCUCCUCUCAGGUUGCUGAGCUUAAGAAACUUGUGGUAGACAAUGUGGAGGUGUUGACCCAGAUGAGGACGAGUUUUGACAAGCCAGAACACAUGGCUGCCCUCUUCAAGAAGCUUACCUCGGUUGACAGCGUUUUGAAGAGAAUGACUAUCAUUGGAGUUAUCUUGUCCUUCCGCUCUCUAGCUCAAGAGGCUCUGAGAGACGUUCUGUCUUGUCAUAUUCCAUUCCUGGUCAGUUCAGUGGAGGAUUUUAAGGACCACAUCCCCAGAGAGACAGACAUGAAGGUGGCAAUGAAUGUCUAUGAGCUUUCAUCAGCAGCAGGUCUACCCUGUGAGAUCGACCCUGCACUGGUAGUGGCCCUGUCCUCACAAAAGAGUGAAAACAUCAGUCCAGAGGAAGAAUAUAAGAUCGCCUGCUUGCUGAUGGUAUUUGUGGCUGUUUCCAUGCCAACACUGGCUAGCAAUGUAAUGUCACAGUACAGCCCUGCUAUAGAGGGCCACUGCAACAAUAUCCAUUGCCUGGCUAAAGCUAUCAACCAGAUAGCUGCAGCUCUCUUUACCAUCCACAAGGGAAGCAUAGAGGACCGUCUUAAAGAAUUCCUGGCUCUGGCAUCUUCCAGCCUGCUGAAGAUUGGCCAGGAGACUGACAAGAUGACAACCCGCAACCGAGAGUCGGUCUACUUACUGCUGGAUAUGAUUGUCCAGGAGUCUCCCUUCCUGACCAUGGAUCUGCUGGAGUCCUGUUUCCCCUACGUCUUACUCCGCAACGCCUACCAUGCCGUCUACAAGCAGAGCAUCAGCGCUAACGCAUAGGCGUAUACACUACAUAGGCGCAUACACUACACCCAUGAAACACACACCAUGCUGUCUGUACACAGCAUUAGCACUGAUACAUAGGCACGUACAUAAUAAAAAAGACCUACAAUGUCUUCAAAAAAAACAUAAAAACUAACACAUAAGAAGACACUAAGCAUACACACACUAAAUGGGCACCAAGUACGCAGUAAACAAUGCCUGCGUCAAUACCAACACCUACCACUCAGUCAAGAAAUCCUCCAUACAGCUACUUAGACAAGCAUCUCAGUGAACACUAAACACACACUACUUUUACUACAAAAUGUUGAGGUAAACUCAACACAAAAUACACAAAACAGGUUGACCAUAUUAAAGGCAGCAGCUCAACCCAAACUUAAUACUUACUAAAUAAAAACAUAAUGCCAUCAACACUAUACAAAGUCCCUACAUUGCAGUUUACAAAGACAACAUAGAUGACAUACACAAUGCACAAAAACAUGCUAAUUCACACUCCACAUGGACAUAAAAAACACACAAUCCUGAAAGAUGCAUACACAUUAAACACGCCAGCUGGAAAGGGUUGGGGGGGAUCAGUGUCUUUAUUUUAAUGUUAUUUUUUUCUGAUGUUGCAAGGGACCACAACCAUAGCAACAUGGUCUAUACCUUAAGUUUGGUUGGUUUAAAUGAACAAAAAUGAUGAACAAAAAUAUAAAUAUAUAGAGAGAUAUAUAUCGUUGACAAUUAAAAUAUUCCCUUUUUUGACAAAAGAUUUAAGAUUUUCAGCUCUGCUGACAAUGUGUAGUGGUGAUGAUUUUGGAUGCUUUUUUUGUGAAUGAAAAUGAUUAUGAUUUGAUGUGGGGUUUUGCUUUUGUUGGGCAGGGGUGGUAAUUAUUUCUGUACUGAUGAUGAAAGAUAUGUUGCUUGUUAAUGUAAGUGUGCGCACACGUGCUGACAGACAUUGAACUUGCACACACUCAUAACUAAUAUUUCAACAUUUCAUAGUGAACACACACUAAUAUGUAAUAUGGUGAUGUUUUUUCUUUUUCUAGCUUGUCAUAACAUUAACUUUUGUGGGUAAAGAUUUAAUAUCUGUAUUCUACUUCGAUGUGAACUGAACUCGUCUGUUUUUACUGUUUUUUUUAUUAUUAUUAUUUUUAUGAUAACGACAAUGACGAUGAUUUGCCAAAUGUGUUGACACUAAAAAAUAUGUAUCAGGGCUCAGUAAUGUGUUUGGAUAUUAUUGGGUGAAAAUGCUGUUAGUGUUUGGACAUUAGACCUUCUGGAUGUUCGGAGACAGCCCGACUGAUUCCGUAGCAACUUGGUUAACAUGCAAGCUUAUACAGGCACUACCACAGUGGUAGCCAUCUUUGAAGUCCUGCAUUAGCACUACAGUGGUAGGAGUUCAUGCAGAUGUUUCCCACCAUGCACCGGCUCAGUAAUAUCACAGGGAUGGGCAUGGUAUUGCCCUCACCAUUUUGCAUCUAUCUACCUGUCUUGAACUCUUCCUAUGGCUGUUGACACGCUGCAGCCUGUUGGUAUAACCCCUGGAGAUCAUUGGCGGACUUAUCUGCUUAAAUGUGGUUCUAAUAGGAGCGAUGGUAAUCCUAGUACAUUGUCCCCCUUGCUGCUUCUGUAUUAACCAUGGCAGGUUACAUCAUCUGAGAAAAAAAACGAACAGUAUAGCACAGAAAACAAGGGUGUCUGAGCGGUUUCCCACUCAUUUCAGAAGUGCUCUGGCUUCUCAGACGAGAAAAGAGGCCAGUUUUUCCCCUCUUUUAACACUUUUUCUGCAAUGGUCUUGUUUUCUCAUGCUUGCAGCUACUCACAUUUAUUCCUGGGCAAAACCCAGUGCAACCAUGGGACUGCUGCUGGCCUGCAUCUCCUCUGACGCAGAUAGCGAUCCAUUGAGGUGAAGUACCUCACACACUAGCAUCUCAUCAGUUCUUGAACGAGGGGAUGGUGUCGCCACGUUCACUCCCAUUCAGGGAUUUACACUUGUCAACCUUUCAAACAGACCCACUGGUGUAACCUUUACCAUCACUAUAGUGCACUGGAAUGCACUAUAGUGAUGGUACAGCGGUUUAACAGCAGGACCUGAGUUUGCUCCCUGUGUCGGUGGCUGUAUAAGUGACUACGUAGCUUUACCGUGGCUGGCCUUACUUUAAUGGCUCAGUGCAAUCAUUGGGGCUAGCCUCCAUGCAGAAAGAAGCAAAAACUGUUCCAAACCUGUAGAACCGUGAAAGCUGCUUCACAGCAACGCCGACUUAAUGACACGAAAAGCUUAUGCCUCGUUUGGAAAAAAAAAAAGGGCAGACAACGAUUAUUGCUGCGGUACCAUGAGUUUGACAAAGGAACAAUAAUUCCAACCAAUUUUUUUAAGAUUACUAUUCACGUGAGGGUCGCUGGAUUCUGAACUGUACGUUUCUACAGCGUUGUUGUGAAAUGGCUUUGUUGGACCUCAGACCAGACAGUGUGAAGACAGGACUGUCUGCAUAAAGUGCUGUCUGACCUUUAUUAUCUGUGCAUGGCAAGGGCUACGUAUAGAGAAGUAUGCUCCCUUUAUUCCUGGCCCUGGCGAAAGUAUUCCUUACAACAUGGCUCUCUUGGAAAGACCACAGUACAUAUAUUCCUUUGUAGGCGUCUACAUUAUAUGUGCUUAUCGCACUGUAGAUCCCUAUUAGGUAGCUUUCUCUAAGCUAGAAGCAUACUGGCUGCCUCUCUGGCAGUGUAUUUCUACCUUUGAGCAGUUUUAAGGUUAAUACUGGUGUAACAUCAGGAAAAAGAUCAACACAGAGUGCAGAUGUUGCAUAGAUGGACAUUACAGUGUAGAUGGUAUGGAAUUGGAAUGCACUUGAAAUGAUUUGAUAAGUGUUAUUAUGUCUCUGCAUACUGUUCAGUAUGUGCAUUGCAAGUGCAUACUAAAUCAGUAUGGAGUGUGUUUUCCUACUGCGUACUGCUGACAUGAAUAUUCCUGCAGCUGACGUUUGCAGUAUCGGCAUGAGGACAGCCGUGGAGACAUUCUGCCAUUUAAUGUGGAAUGGUUGCAGUUUUCUCUCUAACCUCUCUUUUGUGUCUCUGAUUCCACCGUGUAACUUUAAUGACAUCAAUAAAACAAACAAAC